AGUGGCGUCUCACUGACGGUGUCAUAGGAAGUCCCGGGUGCGCUAAGAGCUGCGACUUCAGUACCGUGGUAUUUAUAAAAGUGCAUCUGCCGGCAGCAGGUAAAUGUUACGUGUGGCGAUUUGUCGGAGAGCCAGGAAAGAGACAUGCGACCUCCCUCAAAGGGGAUGGAGGAAUCUAGUCUGUGCCUUGGCGUCUCUUCAGCGGUACCUGAGGCCGACGCCCACCUCAGCAACUCUGUCCUCAAUGGCCGCUAUCCCAUCAGCCAGAAGCUACACCAGCUGACCGCACAGCUGGGUCAUGCCUUCCCCGACCUCCAGAGCCGGCAGCCCAUCCCUGAGGAAAAAGCCGCCGCCCCACUGGAUGAGAAGAGCCACGCCCCCCUGGCCAGCCAGCCAAUCAGCAGCCAGAUGGCCCUGCUGGCUAACCAGCUGAACCGUGAUAUCGACGCCACGGCGGGCCUUGGCAUGAAUGGCCGGGUGGACCUGCAGCAGUUCCUGAACGGCCAGAACCUGGGCAUUAUGUCUCAGAUGAAUGACAUUGAGGACGACGCGCGUAAGAACAGGAAGUACCCGUGCCCACUGUGCGGGAAGCGCUUCCGCUUCAACAGCAUCCUGUCACUGCACAUGCGCACACACACCGGAGAGAAGCCCUUCAAGUGCCCCUAUUGUGACCACCGGGCGGCACAGAAGGGCAACCUGAAGAUCCACCUCCGCACCCACAAGCUGGGCAACCUGGGCAAGGGUCGUGGGCGUGUCCGCGAGGAGAACCGCUUGCUGCACGAGCUGGAGGAGCGAGCCAUCCUGAGGGACAAGCAGAUGCGCAGCAGCCUCCUGCAGCCACGUCUGGACCUCAAGCAGCACCCCCAGGCUGUCCAGCACCAACACCCGGCCCCACAGAGCCACCAGCAGCAGCCACAGCCCACCUCGGCCUGCGGACUCCUCACACCAGCUGGCCAAGGCCCCGCCACCACUGUCGUCGCCACUGACAACCCCGUACAGCCGUCAGCCUCUCCCAAGCCGGCAGGCCCGCAGGACGAGCAGGCAGCCGUGCCCAGCGGCUUUCGCUGCACCUUCUGCAAGGGCAAGUUCAAGAAGCGUGAGGAGCUGGAGCGCCACAUCCGUAUCCUGCACAAGCCCUACAAGUGCACACUGUGUGAAUUUGCCGCCUCGCAUGAGGAGGACCUCAUCGGGCAUGUUGAGAAGGCGCACAUCACCGCCGAGUCGGCGCCGGGCCAGGGCAGCGGCUUUGGUGGUGAGAAGCCGGCCAACGAGUUCCGCUGCGAGGUAUGCGGCCAGGUUUUCAGCCAGGCCUGGUUUCUCAAGGGCCACAUGCGCAAGCACAAGGACUCAUUCGAGCAUUGCUGCCAGAUCUGUGGCCGGCGAUUUAAGGAGCCCUGGUUCCUGAAGAACCACAUGAAGGUGCACCUCAACAAGCUGGCCAUGAAGAGCAAGCCGCCCGAUGCUGACGUCCCCCUCGGCAUGAACAGCAUAGCUCAGGAGGCCCAGGCCAACCUCUACUCUCGCUACAUCUCCUGCCUGCAGAGCGGACUCCUCUCUCCUGACAAGUCGAGCCUCUCUGACCAGCACCAAAUGCUCACCAAGGCUGGCAUUGCCAUGAAGGAGAAGGAGAUGCUGGGGAAGCUGCUGUCACCCAUGGGUGGCAUGGGCCACGGGCUGGCUGAUGGCGAGAAGCGGCCCCUUCUGGGUUGCCUGAACCUGGUGCCCCCGCUGAAGUCCAGCUGCAUGGAGCGGCUACAGGCAGCAGCCAAGGUGGCGGAGAUGGACCCGCUGAACAGUUACCAGAGCUGGCAGAUCUUGGGCCGUGGCAUGGCCAUGGAGCGCUCCUUCAUGCCCAAGGAGCCACAUCGUGGCACGCGGGGCGGUGACGAAGACCUGCUGAGCCCCAGCAUGCUCUUCACCAAGGACAAGCACAACUUCCCACUGCUGGGCAGCUCUGAUAUCCACAAGCAGAAGUUGCACGUGGAGACGGCGCAAGGGGCCAAGGGUGGCAACGGGGCCCCAUCAUGCAAAGACGACGGGGCCUUUGAAGGCCACCGCGACUUUGCGGGCCACUGUGUGCGGGGUCCAGGCUUUGACUGCAGCCCUGCUGGCGCCAAGGAAAAGCCUGCUGAAUGCCCCGACUGCGGCCGCGUCUUUAGGACUUACCACCAGAUGGUGGUGCACUCCCGCGUGCACGGCAAGGAGCCCCGACUGCCUGAGGAGGGCCCCCAGCAUGGUGGUGGCCUGGACGAGCGCCGUGGUUCUGCUAGUGACCCUGAGUCUCAGUCUAUCAGCCGCUCUACCACACCAGGCUCCUCCAAUGUGACCGAGGAGAGUGGGGCCGGUGGGGGCCACUCCCAGACAGGCAGCGCCCAGGAGGACAGCCCACACCCAUCCUCGCCGUCCUCAGACGUCGGGGAGGAUUCUGGGAGACCGGCGGGGAUCCAGCCACCCUCAACCCCGCAGCACCGGGAACGCCCCAUGGGCUCGGCCAUGAAGGACUGCCCCUACUGUGGGAAGACCUUCCGGACGUCCCACCAUCUCAAGGUCCAUCUGAGGAUACACACGGGUGAGAAGCCGUACCGGUGUCCGCACUGUGAUUAUGCAGGCACGCAGUCAGCCUCCCUGAAGUACCACCUGGAACGCCACCACCGGGAGCGGCAGAACGGGGGAGGGUCCUCAUAUGGACACGCCACGGAGCACAAGGAGGAGCACGCGGCCGGCAAGAGUGGCGUCUUUGUCCGGCCAGAAGUCCUGCGGGGAGUUUUCAAGGGUGUGCCCGGCAGCAUGGACUUCCGGGGCGGGCAGAUGCUUCCCCACCAGUGGGCUGCUCCAGGAAUGCAGGACCGGGACCGCCAUGGGCAUGGACACGGGGCAUCCACUGAAAACACUCCGGACCACACAAAGAGCCAGGAGCCCCCAUCCGCUGAAGGGCCGGCGAGCUUCUCCGACCUCAGCCGGGCCUACCAGAGCAUGGUGGGCAAUGGGAUGAACUUCCAGGGCUCCCUGCAAGCAUUUAUGGACAGCUUCGUCCUGAGUUCCCUGAAGAAGGACAAGGAGAUGCGUGACAAGGCACAGAUGCAGCCGCAUUUGGGCGCUGACGGCAUGGAGGCACGUGCCAAGCGGGGCGAGGCUGUGGAAGAGCGGUCGGACACCAAGCCCGCCGGAUCCAAACCCGAGAAGUCGCAGUACGAGCCGCUGGACCUCUCCGUCCGACCGGACUCCGUCUCCCUGCCGGGUUCUGCUGUCACCAUCCAGGACAAUGUGGCCUGGCACGGCUGCCUCUUCUGCCCAUUCCAGACAUCCUCUGUAGAGCUGAUGGCGCUCCACCUGCAGGCCAACCACCUGGGCAAGGCUAAGCGCAAAGAGGCAGGCUUCCUGGAUGCGAAGGCGGGGGAAGCAUCCUCGAUGGGAAAGGCUGGCCUGGUGAGUGCAGUCCUCCACCCUGGCUAUGAAGCUGUCUCUGCUAAGCCAGAGCCUCACAUGGACAAACUGGUCCAGCAGGAGCUGGGCAAGGAGGUCAAAGGGGAGCCAAGAGGCCCGGCUUGGUCAAAUCACAUGGAGAGUGCAGGUUUCCAGAAUGACUUCUUCAAGCCAUUUGGCAUGUACGACGCAGCCCCUGGUGGCCUGGUCCCCCACGGAUUUGGAGGCAGUGGGCCGGAACAGCAGGACCCUCUGAAGCAGCCCUGCGAUGUAAAGAGCUCGAAACUGUCAGCCAUGGCCGAGCUGUCUGAGGGGCACCCCUGCGGUGACUCGGAGCCAACUAAGGAGCGGGAACACCCACGGUCGGAAGACGAAUUUUGUCCAGCAGACCGUGCUACGAGACCAGGUUCCGACGAGGAUGAGGAUGAGGCAGACGAGGAGGAUGAGGACGGGGAGGAAGAGGAGAUGGAGGAAGGAGAAGAGAACCGCAGCAUGCAGCUGCCGCUACUGAGCGAGGACCCCCAGAAAGCGGGAGCUGCCAGAGCCACCCUGUCUCCGCUACUGGAGAAGCCCUGGCGGGGGCUGAGUCUGCUUUCAUCUGCAGGCAUUCCCCAGGGGUCCCCGAGGCCCGAGCAGGGCCGCCUCGAGCAGCAGAUGAGCAUACUGUCCGUCCUGAGGGCCUACAGCGCAGAGAACCUAGCGGCCUUCAACGGUCUUGGAAGCACCUCAAACAACACCGGUGCCAUCAAGAGACCAGACAUGCCCGCUGUAGUUCACCCUUGGGUAAGAGAGGACGAGGCUCCCCCCCCACCAGGCCUGCCUGCGACCCCCACCCCCACCCAGGAGUGUCACCUAGUCGACACUGAGAUGCAGGAGGACCCUCUUACAGACUAGCGCCCCCCGCUCUGUCUGGCUGGAGAGAGAGGGAGAGAAUGACUGUAAUCGCUACCCAAGCAACGGAGGAAGAGACCAUGAUAACAACUUUGUUCAGAACACAGGAGGCAGACACAAGUCUUUUAAGGGAGCGCCCUCUGCUGGGCUGGAUCGGUGAGCGUGGGCGGACUGGGCCAGGGCCCGCUGAAGCCCCUCCCCCUUCCUUGUUCCUCUUCUCCUGCUGGUCGCGUCUUCGCUUCUUCUUGUUUCCCUUCUGUGACGCUCUUCCGCCUGCCUGCCCCAAUCAGCCUCGCAUCCCUUUCUCUCGUGUGGACGUCGCACCACGAGUCCAACCUGGACGGCAGAGAAACUUUCCGGAAAGUCGUGCCUCCACCCACCGCGUGUAGGAGGCUCGUCGCGACCCUUCGGAAGAAGAACCAGAUCCUAAGGCUGGAGUCGCAAUUUAACCAGGCCGCAUCUUUCCCUGCAUGGAUCAAUGCGCCACCUAGGGUAGAAUAUCCCAGGCCUGACCCGCCCCGCUUCGACAUGUCGGACUGAGUUAUCUGGCCACUGUGAGGCAGCAGUCGAUCUGUUGACAAUCCAGCUGUUUUGCAGGACAGGGCCACCACCUUCAGAACAAAGGGCAUUACCACGACGGUGCUGCCCGUCACUACGGUGGCACCUGAUUGGCCGGUUGCACUUUUUUUGUUGAGCGAACAGUUAACCAAUGAGGACUUCAAGGUGCAAUGUGACCCAAGUUGUGGGCGUGGCUCAGCGAUCUCUCCUCCUGACAGACACAGCGAAAUCUAAGCAGUGACUGUUCAUAUUGUCCACAGUUUGUCCAAAUGUAGAUUCUGUCGAUUCAAUGAAAACUCAAUGUAAUGAAAAUUUAAAAAAAAAAUGUUGUGAAUGUUAUAAGAAAAAAAAAAUACGCUGAGGUGACCGUAAAAACUAGUUUACAAAGUAUUGUCCAAAAUAGAUAGACAUAAAAAAAUCUGUAAUAAGAAAGUGAGAAUCCUACUGGCGUGUGCCCUUUAUCUUCCUAACUUCUUGGACUGUAAUGUUUCAGAUGUUUAUGAAAUCCUGCCGCCCAUCUAUGUUGCAAAGUGUUACUGACUACUGAGAUGGUUUUGAUGUAUUUACUUUAAAAACAAAACGUUAAAAAAAAAAAAUCUAUAAAUACAGUUAUCGUCUAGCCUUAGAUAGUCACACACUGAUGCAUUCACAGAUGUACGUAGUCCUGUAGGUGUAGUAGAUGUAGGCUUUGGAUGAAAGUGUUCUUUGAGUACUGUACUUUUGCCUUCUACAUAAGAAAAAAAAGAUUGACAAUCUUUUCAUGUCCCAUGGAAAAAAAAUAUCCACACGUAAAAAAAAAAAAAAAAAAAAAGACAAACGCUUUUAGCAUAUAUCUUUUUCUCCGAAAGUAUUUUGCACUGUGAUAGUCUGAGGUGGCAUCAGGUGCAGCAGCUACUAACCCAGCUAACUAAGACAUGCUGUGUGUCUGUCUGUCCCUUGACAUUGUGCAAUGUGUCUGUUUCCUGUGACACCCGCCUGGGCUCCUGUCCUUCCUCAAGCCCAUAUCCGUUUCCCCGGGCGAUUCAAAGGACGCCGCUGCGGCAGUGACCGUUGGUAUGGGUGGAACUGGGGGCGGAAAAUCUGAUUGGCCGAGACCAUCCAAACCACGCCCACUCUGUCGUUUGUGUACCUAACGGCUCGGCUUGGUCGAAAACCAUCCACAGCCAAAAAGCUUAAUGCCACCGUUUGGCUCACGUAUGGUUAAAAAAGAGACAGGCAUGGGUUUUGGGUGGGAAGCACGCUGCCGAUUGGGCAUUGAGGAUGCCUGGAAGAGAGAACCCACCAAUCAUGGCGAACCUGGGUGCUUCAUUGACCAAUACAGGCCCGGUUACCUUGCUCCGCCCCGUCUUUCUGACCCUGAACCCUUGGUUGCUGUAUUCUCAUUGCAGUGCAAGCCCAAUGGAUGCUUUUUUUGUAACUACUGAACUGUACUUGUAAUAAAAAUAAUAUGUAAU